AUGUUGGCCCAACUCUCCGCCAUUGCCGCGCUCCUCAGCACGGCUCAAGCCGCUGCCGCAAACUUCCGCGUCUUUGACAGCACCGCGUACACAAACACCUCCGUCGGCUAUGGAUCCUCCAACAUCAACUGGAUCCCCAACUACGUCUGCAGCCCCUUGGUGCAAGGCGGCGCGCUCCCCUCGGCGGCGCAGUGGCAGGCCAUUGUCCUCGACUGGAACGUCUACCCAGGCUACCCUCUGGUGCUCGACUGCGAAAACAUCUACCUCACGUCUGCGUCCACAGCAGACCACAACCUCGAGGUCAUGAAGACGCUCCAGACGUGGGCAGCCGACGUGCUUCCUGAGGGCCAGAUUAUCGGCUGGUACGGCCUCUCGGGGAACACGGCAGCGUCGCUGUACGGACACUACAGGAGCCUCAUUGCGAAUCACAGCGCCCACGCCUUCUUCCCCUCGGCAUACACCUUUUCCAGCAGCCUGAGUACCUGGAACACGUCGCUCAACACCGUCAUUGGCAAGAUCAAGGCCAUUGACACUUCGGUCCCCGUGUGGCCGUUCAUGUGGCCGCAGUACCACAACAGCCCCUACGACUUUUACUCUGUUGAUCUCUGGCAGAGCCAGCUGCAGGCGUUGACAGCAAACAAGGACGUGAAUGGUUUCGUCAUCUGGGGAGGCAAGAACCACCAGGUUUGCGGCGACGCGUGCCAGGCAAUUGCAGGCAAGCAGCCAUGGUUGAGCGCGGCGAGGUCAUAUCUCAAAGCACUGUAUGGAGUGUACGGCGGACAGCCACAGCGAAGCGGAGGACAGAUCUUUACCGGAGCAUGA